UGCUUGGGAGCGAGUCGGCACUUAGCGUUUCUGAGGUGCAGCCAGAAUUGGCUGGCCACAGGGUUUACCUUUAAUCUUCUGUGUGGCCCCCAGGGGCAGGUUGUAGCCACAGGACGCGGGCAGUCCAGGAAGGUGUCCUCCGGCGCCAGCCCAGGCGGGGCUCCUGGGCAGAGGACACUCGGGAUAUUUUUAGUGUCCGUGUUCAUUUCCCCUCUUGGGAGUUUCGCUGGGUCUGGGUCCCGUGUCUGUGUUUCUCCAAAGGACACGGUCAUUGUUCAAAGGACAGACCUCGUGUGCGUUCUCAGGGCUGGUAGGAGGUCACCGCUCGGGUGCGGGUCCUCAGCCCUGAGUGCACCAGUCACCGUGCGCGCCUACAGUCUGCUUCAAAAACAGGCUUCUCCCGCUUCCCCUGGCCUCUCCAGGCCUCUUGGUCCAGCAGAGCUCGGCUGCUCUGUGUCCUCGGCAGGCCUUUCUCUCUCGGACGCGCGUGUCAGCCGAGUGGGUUCCUCACUUGGAAAGGAGUGGGGACAUUUUGUCAACACAGAUUGGGGUGUCCCGCGCCCCUUGUUGCCCAAAAUAGAAGGACAGGCCAAGAAGGCGGAGGAGAGGACGGCCCUGAGUCAGGCCCCGCGGGUCUGGGUGAGUGGGCAGGUCUUGGCUCAGGGGCUGUAGAAGGGACCCAAGGAGGCUGUUCUCAUGGUCCGGUGCUCCCGGCCCUGGACUGGGGAGGCUGUGGUGCCCGCCAGCGAGCCCAGGGCUGCGUACAUGGCCCCUCUUAGGCUUGAUGUGCCACGACCUGUGGCUGGGAGCUGGGUUGGCAUUCACUAAAUCCAGAGGAUCCUGAGAGCAGAUGAGCUCUCGGCCCUGCCUGCCCCUGCCCCUGCCCCUGCCCCUGUCCUGCUCUGUGAGCUCAGCCCCGCUCAGGCUGACAGCCCUGCUCCGCAUGUCCCCACUCACCUCCUAGACCCCUGACUCUUCCCUCCCCAGGGGGGGCACAUGGCGUGGGGCACACAGACCUGACUUCCCUCCCCCACACCCCAACACUCAUAUUUGCUUGUGAUUUAAAGCUCAUCCAAAGAAGACACGACCUGAGAUUGGGUUUCCGUGGCAGGGUGGAGGGGGCUCGUUUAGGGUCACUUUUUGAAAAGUUUCUCAAAGUGUAUCUUCAUCCCUUUGCACUGCUGGUCUUUUUAGGAAACGGUUAAUUCAGAGCGAAGGAUGCUCUGGGCCAGGCGGGGAUUGGGGGUGGGGAGGACGGAUAAGGAGGCUUAAGACCAAGUUCUCCCUCUAAAGCCCAUGGUCUGGGGAUGAGGGUAAGCCUGUGCCUGGGUGGCCUGAACAGGGCCCGCCAAGGGCAGGUCACUGCGGCCCUCGCAGGCCCGUCCACACUGCGGCGGGCUCCCCACGCGUGCUCUCGGCAGCGGGUUUCUCUUCCCUGGACCAGCUUCAGCCUCAGAUGUUUCCCGCCUUGCGUGUUUCUUGUAUGUUCCCUCGGGAUCCUGUCACAAAGCAGCGGUCAGAGAUUAGCCUCAGCCUCCCCCUCACAUAGGGCUCUGCCUCACCUGGGCCGGCCCACGGAGCCGGGCAGGUUUCGAAGCGGCUCUCAGCCCCGGGCCUCCCGCCCCUCCUCCUCGUCAUCGCUGGCGGUCGUGCACGGACCUACUGGCCGCCUCACUCCGCACACUCGGAAGUGACCGCCCAGGACGGCUUUUUGAGUGGCCCUGAAACGUGUUUCAGGCAAAUAAAGCCUCUUCUGCUUCCCGAUGCCGGGCUUCCCAGGGUGUUCACAGGCUGGCUGGGGGGAGGAGACCCUGCUGUCCCCCGGGUGGCCGCCCCGCCCAGAGCCGUGAGAGGGUACGCUGGUGAAGGCAGCCCCCUCCUCUGCUCGUCCCCUCCGGGAAGAUACUUCUUUUAUCGCUCCCCCCGUGCCAUCACGGCCGGCGGGGUGCCGGUCAGUGAAAGCUGUGUACUCGCCAGCUUCCUCUGUCCGGUCAUUCUCACAGUCGGAGUCUGAAACAGAGUUUUUCUGAACCACUCCUGAUCGCUGGGCCUUCCCGGAAACAGGACGCUUUCCUUCCCGCCCAGGACUGGAUGCAGAGGGGAGGGGGCUCGCUGACCAAGCUGGCCUACUACUCCACCGUGCAGCACAAAGUGGCCAGAGUGCGGUCCUUCGACUACUCGGGCAAGGACGCAGAGCAGGACCACGAGCCGCCCUACGAGGUCUCUGUGCAGGAGGAGGUCACUGCCCGGCUGCACUUUGUCAAGUUCGAGAACACCUACAUCGAAGCCUGCCUGGACUUCAUCAAAGACCAUCUCGUCAGCACGGAGACCAAGGUCAUCCAGGCCACCGGGGGCGGGGCCUACAGGUUCAAGGACCUCAUCGAAGAAAAGCUGCAGCUGAGAGUGGACAAGGAGGACGUGAUGACAUGCUUGAUAAAAGGCUGCAACUUCGUGCUGAAGAACAUCCCCCACGAGGCCUUUGUGUAUCAGAAAGAUUCCGACCCCGAGUUCCGAUUCCAGACCAAUCACCCCAACAUCUUCCCGUAUCUGCUGGUCAACAUCGGUUCUGGAGUCUCUAUCGUGAAGGUGGAGACCGAGGACAGAUUCGAGUGGGUCGGUGGCAGCUCCAUCGGGGGCGGCACCUUCUGGGGACUUGGGGCUCUGCUCACCAAAACAAAGAAGUUCGACGAGCUGCUGCACUUGGCCUCCAAGGGCCAGCACAGGAACGUGGACAUGCUGGUGCAGGACAUCUACGGCGGGGCCCACCAGACCCUGGGGCUGGGCGGCAGCCUCAUCGCCAGCAGCUUCGGGAAGUCGGCCAUGGCCGACAGAGAGUUCUCCAAGGAGGACAUGGCCAAGAGCCUGCUGCACAUGAUCAGCAACGACAUCGGGCAGCUCGCCUGCCUCUACGCCCGGCUGCACGGCCUGGACAGGGUGUACUUCGGCGGGUUCUUCAUCCGCGGCCACCCGGUCACCAUGCGCACCAUCACCUACAGCAUCAACUUCUUCUCCAAGGGGGAGGUCCAGGCGCUGUUUCUGAGACACGAGGGCUACCUGGGAGCCAUCGGAGCGUUUCUUAAAGGAGCAGAACAAGACAACCCUAACCAGUACAGCUGGGGAGAGAACUAUGCAGGCAGCUCCGGGCUGAUGAGCUCGUCCCCAGAGCUCUGCCCGACGCAGCGGGCCAGGAGCGGCACCUUUGACUUGCUGGAGAUGGACCGGCUGGAGCGGCCGCUGGUCAACCUGCCCCUCCUUCUGGACCCUUCUUCCUACGUGCCUGACACGGUCGACCUGACGGAUGACGCACCAGCCCGCAAGUACUGGCUCACCUGCUUCGAGGAGGCCCUGGACGGGGUGGUGAAGCGUGCCGUGGCCAGCCAGCCGGGCUCAGCAGAUGCGGCCGAGAGGGCCGAGAAGUUCCGGCAAAAGUACCGGGGCAAACUGCAGACGCUGCGGCAUCAGCCGUUCGCCUACGGGACCCUGACCGUGCGCAGCCUUUUGGACACGAGGGAGCACUGUUUGAACGAGUUCAACUUCCCAGACCCCUACUCCAAAGUCAAGCAAAAGGAAAACGGAGUCGCGCUGAAGUGUUUCCCGAGGGUGAUCCGCUGUCUGGACGCCUUAGGCUGGGAGGAGAGGCAGCUGGCCCUGGUGAAGGGGUUGCUGGCGGGGAACGUCUUCGACUGGGGAGCGAAAGCCGUCUCCGACGUUCUCGAAUCUGACCCCCAGUUUGGCUUCGAGGAAGCGAAGAUGAAGCUGCAAGAGCGGCCGUGGCUCGUGGACUCCUACAGCAAGUGGCUUCAGAGGCUGAAGGGGCCCCCUCACAAAUGUGCCUUAAUUUUCGCAGAUAACAGUGGAAUAGACGUCAUUUUGGGAGUCUUCCCCUUUGUCAGGGAGCUUCUCUCUAGAGGGACGGAGGUCAUCCUGGCGUGCAACUCGGGACCUGCCUUGAACGACGUCACCUACUGCGAGUCCCUCAUCGUGGCCGAGCGCAUCGCGGCCAUGGACCCCGUCGUCCACUCGGCGCUCAGGGAGGAGAGGCUGCUGCUGACGCAGACGGGCUCCAGCUCCCCGUGUCUGGACCUCAGCCGCCUGGACAAGGGACUGGCCGUGCUGGUGCGGGAGCGAGGCGCGGACCUGGUGGUGAUCGAGGGCAUGGGCCGGGCCGUCCACACCAACUACCACGCGGCCCUGCGCUGCGAGAGCCUCAAGCUGGCCGUCAUCAAGAACUCCUGGCUGGCCGAGCGGCUGGGCGGCCGGCUCUUCAGUGUCAUCUUCAAGUACGAGGUCCCGGCCAAGUGAGGCGCCGGCCCCGCCGGGCAGCUCUGCUCGGCGCUUGUUAGGGACGUGCUCCGACCGCGGCCGGGAAACCGAGUCCCCAGCAGAGCGUUCGUGUCGCGCACCUGGGACAGGAGCAGGGGCCGGGCGCGGCCAGGCCGAGCGUGUGCCCUCGGGUCUCUGUGAUGCUGCCACGUUCGUGCCGGGAGACGCGACUUGUCCAGUGAGACAUGCGUAUUGGAAUAUAUUUAACUGUGAAAUAAUCUUUUAUACACA